AUGAAGAAAGCCUUCAUAACUUUAAUGUUGCUGAUGGUUGUAGUCAUUUCUUCGAAGUUAGAGGCAUCAGAACUCCGAACUCGAGGUAUUCUUGUACUAAUAGGUAGGGAUGAGUUACACUGAAGCGUAUAAUCUAGAUGUUUCUCGCUUGUAUUGUAAUAGUGAUUUCGAUUUCAUAAUUGGUGAAUUAGAGAGAUGGAUUGAUAUCAUUGAUAAUAGAGAAUAAUUGAUAAAGGACUUAGCAAUAAUCAAUUAGAUUAUUAAUAUUGUAGAGAAAGCAAAAGGUACAAUGUCUGUAAUUCAUUCAACUAUGUUGGUGCAAAUAUAAUAAAAAAUAGAAAAGUCUCUUUAAAAUAUUUUUAUUCAAAAUAAAUGGGCAGCCUGUAGAGUAGAAGAUGCCCUUGAAUAUGUGGGCUAAUUGAAUGCUACAUAAAGUAUUAUUGAAAUAUAUAGUAGCAAAUGAGGAGAAAAUAGCAUUAGCAAAUUAAAUUAUUGCUCAUUUGAGAAAGACUUAAGAAGAAAUCUAUAUGUAUUUGAAUCAAUGUUAAUAUGCUAAGAAAACUAUAUAUUUGAGAUAAAAAGUUGCUUAACUUAAUGUAUUAAAAAAAGAAUGUGAACAUGAAAUUAGAAAAGCUAAAAUAAUUUUUGAUAAUGAUUGGGACUCAGAAGAGUUUGUUUAUUAUGAUGAAAUACCUGGAGAAACAAUAUAUUAUUAUUUUGAAGAAGAAGAUGUAGAAAUACCUUUAUAAGAUGUAUAUCAUGAACCUUAGCAUUAUACUCAUUAAAAAUAGAAGAAUAAUUAGAAUAAAAAUUUAAUUAAGAAUACUGGAAAUGAUAUGAAUUAAGGAAUAGAGGGAAACUAAAGAUAUAUUGCUUUAGGGCAUGAAAUAGAUGGGGAAAUUAAAGAGUCUGAUGGAGAUAAUUAAAAUAUUGAUGAAACUUAAACUUAAUAACCUUAAGAAACAGAAAAUGUUAUUUAAGCCGUAAAAGUUAGCAAAGUUGAGGAUUAAAAUAAUGAAGAAUCUCAUUUAAAUGAUUCCAUUAAUUCAAAAGAUAAUAAUGAAGAAUAAAGUGUUACAGAAUAAUAAGACGACAUUUCUGUUUAAGAGGAAAGCAAGAAAAAUGAAUAAGUACAUUAAAUAGAAUCCACAAAAGUUUAAAAAACUGAAACUUAAGUUGAAAAUAGUAUUAAACCAUUAGAUAUACCAAAAUAAAAAGAAUUAGAAGAUUCUAAAACUAUUAAAUAAUAAUAAAUUGAAGAAGAGAGAUCUUUGAAAAUUUAAUCAUUAAGAGAAGAUAUUGAUAAAAAUGAACCAACUUCAUUCCAACCACCAAAACAUAAAGCUAAUGUUGGUAGAAUUUAAGAAAGAAAAAUUGUGGCUGUCAAUACAAAAUAUUAAAAUUCUGAAUAUGAUGGAGAAACAACAGAGUAGUUUGAAUUUACUGAUAGAGCAUUAUUAUAAGAUUCUUCUGAAUAUGGCUAUGGAUAUUGGGUCAGAUAUGCUGAACAUAGUGCUAAAGAACAUGCUAGAUAAGAAGGAGAGUACUAUUUCCUUUCUAGAAUGACUAUUAAUGAAGAAUAUGAAGAUUUUUCAUUUUAUGGAGACAGAGCUCUUGCUGUUUUUCUAUUUGAUAAUUCAUUUGUAUUUAGUACCUAUGAUACAAGUGAUAAACUUAAAACUAAAGAUAAAGCUGUUGUAUUAAAUGAGAAUAUGGAUGGAAUGUGGUAUUUUGUGAUGUUCUCGUAUAGUAGUCCUUAAAGAAAAGCUGUAGGUUAUGUUGUUAGUUAUGGAGAAGGUAACGGAAUUUAUAGAGUUUAAAUUGAUGCAACACACAUUCCUCCUUCUUAUAUAAAAAUAAUAUUUGGAGGUAAACAUUUGAAUUAUUAUGGAUUAAAUGGUUAAUUUGCUAACAUAUUUUAUGAUAUUGAUGCUCCAGCAUUUGUUGAUGGUGAUGAUGCAUUAGAUGAAGUUCUUAAAACAUUAAGUAAUCCACCUUAGAAUGUACCUGCUGUAAUAGAUGAAAAUAUAUUGAUGAAACCAAAACAUUUUAAUGGAAAUGAUAAGGGUGAAUCAUUUCAUUUUGAUCCAUAAGAAUCAUAAUUGAUUAUUGAAGAAUAUGCUGUUGGAUUAUGGUUUAGAUGGAUUGAUGAUCUUAAAGUAGAUGAGCCUAAUACAUUUUAAAUUGUGAAUUUGAGAUCAAACAAAAAUAAGGCUCCAGGAAAAGGAGUAUUGGGAGAUAGAGCAUUAGAAUUACACCAUACUUUUGGAGGAGGUGCAAAAAGUACUGUUUAUUUUAAUACUUAUACAAUAAAAGGAAACAGAGCAAAAGGAUAACCAUAUUUAUCUAAAACUGUAGAAAGCUCAGAAUUUUUAUGGACUUAUGUAUACUUUGGUUAUGAUAAUGAUGGUGGAAGAGCUUAUGGUGCUCUAAUUAAACCAGGAUAUGUAGGUGAAAUUCAAUUUGAAGGCAUUUAACAUAAAUUAGUUAAUAAUUUAAUGGUAACACUUGGUGGAGAUGAUGUUAUAUCUCCAUUUAAUGGAAUGAUUGGAUAUGUUGGUAUUUAUUUGGGAACAGGAGCAUAUAGAGAGGGAUUAGAUUUUGGUAUGACAUUUAAUUAUGGGGAUGGAGUUAUGGCUGUGUAUUAAGUAGGUAAGCCAGUGACUUAUGUUGCAGGGGACAUAAAUUCUGCAAGAUAUGUAGAAUAUGAUUCUGUUGAAGAUGUUGUAGAUAAGAUUGUAAUUCAUAAUGAUGAAGGAAUGAAAAUAAAUGGAUAAAGUGAAUAUGCUUUUGGAAUGUGGACUAGAUGGUUAAGUACUUUACCAAAAUAUUUGAGUAAAAGAGCUCCUAUUCAUAACAUAGCUAGAUUAGGAACUUAAGGUUAUGUGAUUGAAUCUGUUGAUGGAAAACUUGUGAGAUCAAAUGCCAAUAGACCCAAAACACCUAAAGAUACAACUUUAUCUAUUGCUCUAACAACUGAUUCAUAUGAAUUUUAAACAUUAAAAUUGAAAGAAGAGCUUCCAUUCUCUUAAUUGGAGGGCAGAUGGCAUUAUGUUUAUUUUGGAUAUAAGAGACAUGGAAAUAAAGGGUUAGCUAAAGGAUAUGUGUAAUUUGGAGUUGAUGGUGAAGUAGAAGAAGUGAUCUUUGAUAUUUAUCAUGAUUUCUUACUUGAGUAUGUUGAAUUUAUUGUUGGUAAAACUGCUGCACCACUAUUCAAUGGAGAAAUGGCUAGAAUUACAUUUUCAUUUGGACCAGGAUCAUUUGUUCCUACUACUGAUACUUUGAAAUUAUAUACACAAAAUACUCUUCCAGAAAAAGCUUAUAUUCAUCCAGUAUCAAGAUAAACAUUGUAAUUAGUUGGGGCACCUUAAUAAAUAAAAGAAGAACCAAUUCAAUUUGAAUUUGAAAAAUAUUAAGGAGCUGAAGAAUAUGCAUUAUCAGGUUGGGUGAAAUGGAGUGGACCUUCAGUUACUGGUAAAGUAGCUCAUUUAAUUACUAUGGCAUAAAAAAGAUUAAAUGAUUUGAAUGGUAAAAAUGAGGAAACAUUGUAAAUUACAAGGGGAGAUUAAAGUUUUACUUUUAUUACUUACAAUCAAAAUCAAGAGGAAUAUAAAUUAGUUUCUCAUGAUGAAUCAUAUGGAGAGUAUGCAGAUUAAUGGACUUAUAUUUAUUAUGGAUUCUCAUAAUAAUUAAGAAAAACUUAUGGGUUUUUGAAAUAUACUUUUACAGAGAAUGAAUUCAGAUAGGAAGAAGUUAAUCAUUUUUAUUUAGCAGUUUUUUCAGUCUUAAUUUAAGAGAAAUAAUAAUUUACUUAAUUUAUAGGGUAAAUAAAGACAUGGGUUAUAAAUGUUGGAGAUGGUGCCUUUAGAGAAGGAGGUUUUGAUGAAAAUGAAAAUAUUAAAGUACAUUUUGGAUUUAUUAGUGGAACUGAUCAUAUUAAAUUAUAAUAAGCUGGAUAAGAAGCUCAUCAUGAAGAAACUAUUUUAGAAUGUUCAUCUCAAAAUAAAGAUGUUCCCUUAUAAAUUGAAUUUUAAUAAAGUGAUAAAUUACAUUUACAUGGUGUUAGUGAAUAUGGUUAUGGUUAUUGGGUUAAAUUCUAAUAUUUUGCAAAUAAAAAUACAAUCUAUAGUAGACCACCAUUGAUGGGAUUGAGUAGAUUAACUAGUAAUAGAGAUUAUAAAGAUUUUGAUGCCCCAGGAGAUAGAGUGCUUUUAGUAUUAUUAGGUAAAAGUUCAUAUCAUUUUGGAACAUAUGAUGUCAUAACCAAAUCAAAUAAUGUUGCUGGAGAUAUUCCUUAUUAAAUUGAAUCAGAAGGUGAAUGGACUUAUGUGUAUUUCAGUUUUAAACGUAUUUCAUAAACAUAAGGACAUGCAAUGGCAUUUACUCAUUAUUAAGAAAAUACUUCAGGAAUUUAGAUGGAUGUUAUGCAUUCAUUAUUGAAUGAUUAUUUGUAAUUAAUAGUAGGUAAUGCAGGAAAGUAUUAUUCAUCAUUCAAUGGAUAGAUUACAACUAUUCGUUUUAAUUUGGGACCAGGAUCUUAUAUUGACACAAAAUAAGGUUUAUUACAGAGAAUUAAAAAUAAGGAUACUAUUCCAGAUAUUGUAUCACCUACAAAGAAAUAUGAUGUUUUGAUUGGAAAACAUGAUGCAACUAAAAUAGAAGAAGAACAACAUAUUACUCAUAUAAAUGAAGUAGCUAGAGAAUAUAGCAUCUAAUUGUGGUUUAGAUGGUUCAAAUAGACAGUCAAAACAUAAUAAUUGAUAUAUAGGUUUACAUCAACAAAUCCUGACAGUCUUGGAGAUGCCCAAAAAAUAGGAGAUAGAACUUUGGCUCUCUUCCAUACAGAUGGUAUAGAGUUUAGUACUUACAGUUUGAAUCCAUUAUCUUUAUCAAAUUCAUAUGAAGCUAAAAUACCUUCUUAAUAAUUAGAGGUAUGGACAUUUGUUUAUUUUGGAUAUUCAAAACAUCAUUAGAAAAUUAGUUAUUAUUUAUUAGCUGAUUAAGAUGAACAUAAAGGUUUAGAAGCAGCAUUACAUGCAGUUUCAUCAAACUAUUGGCUUUAUCUGACAAAAGAUGCCUAAAUAAAACCAUUUGAUAGUAGACUUGCUUAAGUUAUCUUAAAUAUUGGUGAUGGUAGCUACAGAGAAGAAAAUUUCAAUACUCUUUAAGUUUAUUUGGCAGCACCAAAAUUAUUUAGUUCAGAUAGUAAAUUUGAUUGGGAAGCAGAUGAUACAAUAACUUUAGUAUCUAGUGAUUCUGAUAAGUGGGGAUCAAAAAUUACAUUUUCUGAACCAGACAGAAAGAUAGAGAGUGUUUAAGAAUAUUCAGUUGGUUUAUGGGCAAGAUUCUUAUAAGCUUGGCCAGAGAGAUAAUGGCAUACACCUUCUGAAAUGCAAAUUUUUAGAUUAACUUACAAUGAUGAAAGAGAAAGUGGUAGAAUUACUGUAGGAGAUAGAAUUUUAAGUGCCUUUGUUAUAUUAGAGAAUUAUUUAUUUGGAACCUACGAUUUAAAUGAUGAUGCUCCAAAUGAAAUUAGCACUAUACCAUAUUCUCAUUUAGAAGGUAAAUGGCACUAUAUAUAUGUUGGUUAUAAGAGGUAAUUGUAAUAGGCUAAUUAUUUUGUAUUUGAUGGAGAAUAAAUUAAACAUGCUACAAAUGAGAAAUUAAUGCAUAAGCCUCUUGGUGAUUAUGUUCAUUUGAUUUUAGGAGGAGAAAAAGAUAUAUCUCCUUUCCAAGGCUUAUUGACAGAAGUAGCAGCUCAUUUUGGAGUUGGAUCAUUUAUAAAUAAUGGAGAAGAAUUAUUAAAAUCAAUUGAUACUAGUUUUGCAUUACCUUAAGAAUUGACUGUAGAAUAUAUUCACAAAUAGAAACAUGGUUAAUAAUAAUUGAUAGGAGAAGGUGAUAAUAAUGAAGGUAGUGAAAGUACUGGAGAUACUUGGAGUGGAGUAGGUGAAUAUGCUAUAUCUGGUUGGUUUAAGAUUGCAGAAACUUAAUUGAAAAAAGAAGGAGAAAUAAAUUCACCAUGUCAGAUACUAUUUAGAAUUACUAAUAAUGAUAAAGAACAUUUAAAUGAUCGUAAAAUAUAAGGAGAUAGAGCAUUACAUGCUUAAAUAUGUACAAGUGAUACAAUUAAAUUGAGUACUUACACUCUUAAAGGACUAAAGGAUUGGAAUGAAGCAAAAUUCUUAGAAGAAAAAGUUGAAUUGACUGUUUCAAAAAAGGCUUGGUCUUAUAUUUAUAUGGCUUAUAAUGAAGAUCUAAGUGAAGUUCAUACAUUAUUACAUUUAUUUGCAGAAGAUAAACCUGUCAUUUUUAAGGGAAUCUAACAUUUUGUACCUCAUUUUAUUGGUAUUUAUGUUGGAAAGGAUCCACAUUCAAGAAGAUUUUAAGGUGAACUUUAAAAAUGGGUUGCUCAAUAUGGAUAAGGUGCAUUUAUUGAUGUUUUAAAGAAAGGAUAUGAAGACAAUUUACCUAAUUUUAGACAUAUUUAGAUAAAUUAAAAAUAUUUAUGGUAUGAAAAAGAGGAUCAUAUAAUACAAACUCCUGAGAAAGUAGAAGUAACAUUGACAUAAGAAACAGAAUCAGUUGAUGAAUAUGCUGUAGGUGUUUGGACAAGAUGGCUUAUUGCAUUCCCUAAUACUUUAAUUGAUAGAUCAGAUGUUCAUACUAUAUUUAGAUUCUCAAGUACACGAUAAUAUUAAGAUAAAAGUGAAUUAGGUAAUAGAAUAUUAUCAGCAUUCCUUACAAAAGGUAAUUAUGAAUUCAGUACUUAUGAUGCAUCUAAACCAGCUAAUGCUGUAGAUGGUUAAUUACCAUAUGAUAAUAUUGAAGGAGAAUGGACUUAUGUUUAUACAGCUUAUAAAAAUAAAUAGUUUUAUGGAAUGAUAUUGUUUAAAGAAUAAUAAAAGGCAGUUCAUUUAACAUUAGAUGUUACUCAUUUGGUGCUCACUGGAUAUGCACAUUUUGUAUUAGGAGCAAGUGAGUUUGGUUAUAAAGCAUUUCAUGGAUGGUUUUUCGAUCCAAGAAUUUUCUUAGGUUCUGGAAGCUUCAUCAAUGAUUCUUAAAAAGUAGUUGAGAUGAUACAUAAAUUACAUCGUAAAUUACCUGUUUCACCACAAUAAGCUGAAGAUUUCAAAUGGCCUGUUUCUAUUAUGGAUACAACAAAUUGGGAAGAUAUGGAUACUAAAAAGGAUAAACUUAAUUAUGAAUUUACUGAUAAGACUUAAAUUUAAUAGUAUAGUUUUGGAUUUUGGUAUUAAAAUGCUAUUUUAUUACCUGAAAUGGAAGAUGAUUAUAGAGGAUUAGUGAGAUUAACUACUAAUGGUCCAGAUAUUGCUGGAGAUGAUAAAUUCAUUGGAGAUCGAACUCUUGCUGUAUUUACAAAGACUGAUCAAUUAUUGGCUAGUACAUAUACUAUAAAAGAUCCUUCUUUUGAACCAGUAUCUCAUACAUUUGAUGUAAAAAAACAUUAAUGGACAUUUGUUUACUUUGGAUAUGAGAAAGGUCAUGCCAGAGCUUACAUAUUAUUACCAGAAGGUCCUCAAGAUAAAGUACUUCUUGUACAUCAUAUAAUUCCUAAUUAAUUCUAUUUACACAUAAUAAAUGAUAUUGGCCAUCCUGCAUUUUGGGUAUUAUUUAUUUAAAUCUAUUUUAGGGUAAAAUUUAUGGAUUGAAAGUUAAUUUUGGAGAAGGAAGUUAUCUUGACAAUCCUUUAGAACUAAUAGAUAGAUGGCCUUAUGAUCAAAAAUAACAUCAAGAUAUUGAUAAAUAAGGAUAAAAAGCAUUAUGUAUAUUAUUUUAACUAUUUAAGCUAUUAAUUCUGCUAAAGUUUCAAAGUAGAAAUCAGAAGAAUUCAAGGAAUGAG